AUGUCAUACAAUGAUUGCAGCAUGUGCGCAGAUAAUUGGAAAUUAAUAAAUUCAAACGAUGAUCAAAUAGGUUUAAAUGGCUCAUUAAUGGUUACUGGAUCAGAAGUUUACAGUGAGGAAAAUAAUAAUAUAUUAUCACAAAAUACAAAUGAUAUAAAAGGUUUCAUGAAGUUUAACAGGAGAUUUGAUGACUGUAAUAUCGAAUCUCAAGCUGUAGGUGCAGUUCCAUAUAACUUUGUUCCCCUUCCACACAGAACUCCUGAAGAAACACCUAGACAAGAAUCUCAAUAA